AUGCUCCUGUCUAUGCUCAUGUUCAGCGUCCUCGUCCUCCCCUCCGUCCUCCUCCAACGAGCUAUAGAAGGCGGAGGGCUACGGUUCGGACUAGGUGUGACCGUGGGGGUUUACAAAUGCGACGUGUGGGAUGUAUGCGUGGCCCGAGCCGGGUUUUGGAGGAGGGAAGAAUGUAACACAGAAGGAAAGAAAAAGGGAGACCUACCGAUCGCAAACAGUCCCAGAACCCCUCGACAAGAACUUUACCCCUCAAGAGGGAUGGGAGCGGAAACGGGACAGAGGAAGAAAGAGGAGUCAAAGGAAGAUGUUCUAAAGGCCAGAAAGAACGCCAAACGAGACCCUAGCGAGGAUCGUCUGAGGAUCGAACACCUUGAAAAUGGCAGAAAACGGACACACCUAGCACACCCAGGCAAAGCACGCACAAUCCCCUCCUCCAAUACUACCCCCACUAAACGGAUAUGUUGGCUUCUUCACUGGUGCGCCCGUAACGACUGGCGCAAACAACAUGCGUCUGAUACUGCUGAACCUGGCCAUGCUGAGCCAGUGGAUUUGGUUGCUGUCCUCUCGCAGGCUGUUGCUGCAAUCGACGACAUCUCCUUUGGAGACGUAUACCCGCUCCUCCUUAUGCUUGUUGAUCCUGAUAGACGUGCACGCGCCUACUACCACUAG